UUCAGUUAUUGGCUUUAUAGCACGUGCAUGACGCAGCGUCCAAUGUUAGUAUUUUGUACGUUACAGUGAAACAUUAAAGACAUUAUCGGGAAAACACUUCUUAAACUUUGCUUUAAUUUUGAGUAAGAGGAUUUCUUAUUUCAACCAACUAAAAGUUGAGUGAAAGAAAUUUGGAAGCUGCACAGAUUGCUAUUUUAAGAUAAGUGACGUACGAUCCUACUUUCGGUUUGAAACGAAAUGGCUGAGUUUGACAGUUCAGAAAAAUGUAUCAACCCCUCUUUCCGCAACGAAGAAGUUUACACUCUGGACUGUUUGUAUUGUAUGAACAAUGUCUGUGAUAGAGGAAUGAAAUCAUUUCUUAUAGCUGACGAACAAAUUGAGCUUUAUUCAACAGAUGAGGUGGAUAAAAGUUGUGUAGCAUUAACAGAUGAGAAGUAUAAGGCAGAUAAAUGCAAGUGCCAUAUUCAAGUUAUGGCGUGCCUCCAGUGUGGAAAUGUUGUAGGCUACCAUGUUUCAAUGCCCUGCAGACCAUGUCUUCAAGCUCAGAAUAAUGGACAUUACUGGAUGUUUUACAGAAGUGCCACUGUUCCAUGUCCAAGACUUAAUACUCAUGGUACAGACACAUUGGUAUGGGGAGAUUUGUCGCAGUGCGAUGAAGACAGUAUUUGUGAUACCUAUUGGGGUGAAUGUGAGCGAUGAAACAAUAGCUGACAUGAGUGAUAAAACUGGCAUUUUUAAUUCUCAGACUAGAUGCUUUGUCCUACCAAUUGAUGAAAAGUUGUUUACAUACCUUCAUGAAGUUAUAUUGUGUGGAAUAACUUAUUUCGAGUGCACAUGUCUGUCACACCCAUUGUUGUGGAAUAAUGUUCUCCUUACAUGGCUAACAUGCUGUGUUCAACAGAGCAUUUUUCUAUUAUAUUUAAAAGUUAUGCAUGACAAGGUUUGUGUCCUAUGUACAGCUUAUGAUGCAGGUUUAUAGUAAAGUUUGAUAAAUUAUCUUAUGGAAUACAUGUACAUAUUUUGACAGGAAGAUAGAUAUUCCAUAUAUGAUAUAAUAUACAAGUGUAAAUUGGAAUGGUGUUGGCGAUAUAAUACCAUGGCAUUAUGGUUUUAUAACAUAAUUAAUAUAUAGUUUACAUUUAGAGGUAUACGAUAAAAGAUGCAUUUUGCAUUUUUACCACUGCUUUGGGCACAACAUGUCGGGGCUGUAGUAAAUCAGCGAAUCAGGAUUUUUUUUUUCAUGUUCUGAGAGCAUGGUCCUGGAGUAAAAAGCUGAUGGGUUUGCUAUUAAUAACUAGUUGGACCACUAUAAAUUUUUAUAAAAUAUUUUCAAUGCCGUAUAUGUAGAUUAUUUUUUGCCAGAUUUUUAUGUUUCUGGUUGAUGUACAUUUACUUGGGCAUACUUGGCAUAAUAAAAAAGCCUUGCCCUCUGUCUGUGAUAACAGUCAAUACCAGUGACCAUUUCCAUAGAGUUUAGCUAGAAAUUAUGUAAUUAAAUAAUAUUAACCCAAGGCAGCUGGAAUCAAGUGAUUAGCCUUUGCCAUCAAUAUAGAGCUAGGCCAGUUUGCACUUAUUUUCAGUCUGACCAGACUUAAUGCUGUUGGUACUAAGCUGAAUUUUUGUAUUUUGAUAUUGAAUUCCCUUAAAAUAUAUAUAUAUUGUUUGAAUUGUAAGUAUAAAUAUUGUUUGAUUUGUAAAAAAAGAAAACUUCCAAAAUGCUUGUAUGAAAGAAAUAUGGUAGUACAGUAUAUGUAUGUGUAUAUUUUAUAUUGCCUUUAAAGUGAACGGCACAUGAAGGAAAUCACAGCUAAAUGGUUUAAACCAUACUUGUAGCCAGAACAGUUUUAGAUUUACAAUGUCUAUUAUCAUAUGUGCUGAAUAAAGACAUUCUAUGUUACAACUAUUUCAAGAUUUGACCACAAGAUUAUAGGAACACUAUAAUUUUACUAUAGAUACAUUUUUUAUAAAGAUAUUUCAUAAGAUAUAGCUUUAUACCCUAACAUUUAAUGGAUUGUUUCAGGACAAGGGUUUUAAAUUAAUCCCAUUUCAUUGUGAUCUAUGUUAAUGUCAUAUUGGAAUUUAAGUUAUAGGCAAUAUACUUUCCCUGUUAGAUUUGUUACAUGGACUUUUACUGAUUUAAACGUUGAAUUGUUUAAUAUUAGUGCCGCUGCGAGAUGUUUUGAUUUCAAAGUGCUAAAAUAAUCAACAUACACUGUUGCCUAGUAAGACUACAAAAAUAGGAGUCCAUUUAUUUUUCAUCAGGAGUGCAUUCCAAGGACACUCCCAAAACUUGGCAACCAUUUCAUAAUCUGUUUGGUUAUUUGGCAACCUUUGUAUAAAUGAAGUUUUAUCUUCUCUAUUAUUUAGACUUUUUCUAUUCACCCAGACAACAAGCACUACAUCUUAUCUUUAAGGUGGCUGUCUUUGAAAUUAAAUACCAGUUCCUGUACUUAAACAAUAAUCAAUUUAUGAGCAGUUUUAUAGGUAAUUUUUGUCCGAAUAUUUUUUUCUUGUUGAUGAUGAGAAUUUAUUACAUUGUAUAACAAUGUCUUUAUGAUUAUUCAUAUUGACAUUCCACUGACACCAACAGUUGAUUUAUUUAUUGUGCACUGUUCUUCAUUUGCUCGAAUUUUGUAAUUUUGUUUAUUAUACAGAAUACUGUUAACCCACUGUGAUUUGGCAGUGACCCAGUGAACCUAAAAAUGUGUUAGUCAUCUGCUACUGGUUUGCUUUAUCUGUUCUUGAUCAAGAGGUGGGCAUUUUGGAAAUGGCCUUUCAAUGAGGGGUAGUCAUUUAUUGAGCAGUGGCCUGUUUUAUAGAAAUUGCCCUUAAAGGGAGGUGGUCAUUUAUUGAGAGGUGACUUUAUCAAACAUUUGAUUGUAUUAAUAAAAUUGCUCAUAUUAUGACAUUUUGCUGAAAGUGCUGAACUUUAGGGUCAAUAAAUUCUCAUUUAUUUUUGUUUACAUGUUAUCUGUUGAACAGAAUUUUAAAUAAAAGAAAACUCAUUCUGAU